AUACACAGUCGCGUUCGAACGCGUGCCUCCGUACGUGUGUGAUGCGGUACGCCAAUUAACACGGAGGAAAACCUGAUCCAAUCUGUCGAUCGAACCUCGGUUGUUCGUCGUGUUAGCAAUAAGGAAUAGGCUCCGAAUAGAAUGGCACGAUCACAGCUACUGUUACUUGUUAUUUGUGUUCUAUGCGUAAGUUCUGUUGUUGGACUUCUCAACGAAUGUUUUGGACAGCAACAGUGCACCCAAUUCAGCAGUUGUUCCGAUUUUAAGAAUUAUUUUGGUGUUCCAUCAGUGAAAUGGCCUCGACCGGUGCAGGAACAGGUCAAGAGCCGCCUCUGCAAAGUGGACCAACGUGGGCGCGACAGGGUUUAUAGCAUCUGUUGCAGUCCACCAAAAGGCCAACUUCCGUACCAAUCGACAUCACCGUGGGACCAGACGCCGUCAAGCAACAAACCCCGAGGGCUUGCUCUGCUCAACAUGAGCACCUGUGGCAAAGACAGUAGGGAGAAAAUUUCUUUCGGCAAAACGGCUAAAGUGUUCGAGUACCCCUGGAUGGCACUACUGCUAGACGACGGUGGGCAGAUCAGAUGCGGAGGCACUUUGAUUGCCGAGAGCUAUGUCCUUACGGCAGCCCACUGUAAUCGUCCACCCGUAACAACGGUACGACUUGGGGAAAAUGACAUAACCAAGCCGAUCGAUUGUAUUAACAUCGAUGACGAACCGGACUGUGCGGAUCCACCUCAGAACAUCGAGGUGGCAAAAUUCAUCAAACACCCACUGCACAGCACAUCCAAGCGAAGGAACGAUAUCGCUUUGAUAAGACUUGCCAAACCAGCCAAAUUUGGAUUCAGCGUACGAACAAUAUGUCUUCCGAUCGGUGCAAUGGUACGGAGUCCCGAGCCGAAGGAAAUGAUUGUGUCGGGCUGGGGUUUCACCGAACAUGGCAAAACGUCCAAUGUGCUGCAGUACGCAUCUCUGUCACUAAUCCCAACGAGCCUAUGCAGCAACUCGUUGUCACAGCUUAGCGAUGCCAUUUCACUGGACGACGCCAGCCAGUUUUGCGCCAGAGGCAAAAAUAAAGUCGACAAUUGUGCCGGAGACUCCGGUGGUCCGUUGCAGUAUCACUCGCGCCAAUCGUCUACGGUGCAGUACGGAAUCGUUUCGUUUGGGGUGAACUCUUGUGGGGAACAAGGUGCACCCGGAGUCUACACCAAAGUGUCCCAUUACAUUGACUGGAUAGUGCAAAACUUGGAAUAAACUAGGGUUUUGUUUCGGAGAA